AUGCGGGCGAUCCGGGAGCGGGAUUCGGAAAGCCAUCAAACCCCGGGGUGUGGAUAUGCACUUCCGGAGUACUCGGCCUCGGCGCUCGACCUCUGCAAGUACUACGAGCUCGUUGGCAAGCUCCACGAGCACCCGGAAUGUCUGAGGGGCGCCCCGCCGGAUGUCCUGGAGAAAAUCUUCCCCUCCACCGACGCGCCACGACCAGAGCCGGUGACGAGGCCGAUUCUCGGAUUUUGCCCGAGCUCUGCAGCCCUAAUCCAGUGCACUGGUGACCUGCAGGCGUGCCCCCUUUCCGGGCAGAUCUGCGUGCAAAGCGACGGCAACAAGUGCUGCCAGAUUGUCACUUCCGGACACGACGAUUGGCUGCUGGCUGGACGCCAACUGUCCGGGUAUCCAGAAGUGUUGCGUCGAGCCGAACCCGGUGACAAAUUCGGCGACGCGAAUUUGCCGAGACCCGGCAGUUCCAUCUGCAAUCAACCCCUCGCCGUCGGCUCGUGCACCGCGCCCACCGUCCGCUACUACUACGACGCCGGGGCGGGAAGAUGCACCCAAUUCAUGUAUUCUGGCUGUGGAGGAAAUGCGAACAACUUCCAGUCGUUGGCCAGCUGCCAGGCGACCUGUGGAAGUAGCGGUAUCACCGGCACGCCGAGCUGCCCGGCUGACGCGAACACCGGGCUGAACUGCCUGUUCGCCCACGCCGACGCGUGCAACACGGACUCGGAUUGCCUGGGACGCGAGAACACGCAGCAGCCGUCGUGCUGCAUGACGACUUGUGGAUACAAGAUCUGCUACCAGUAC